GUUUAGCAAUCACCGGUUAGAAGUUCUCGGUUCAACGCUGAUUUUUAUAAGUCCGAAAUUUUGAAAAUGACUGAAAUUUAACAUUUUUAAAUAUAAUUUUUAUUGAGAAACGAUAUUUUCUAUCUUUAUCUAGAAAAUUUAAACGUGAAAAAUCGAAACUAUUUUGUCCAAUGGAAAAAUUGUAUUACGCAGACUACGCUGUUGAUAAAAUGGCAGUCCAAGCAGAGGAUGGCAUCGUUGAAAAUGAGAUGGUACCAGAGGUUUCUGAACAAAUCCAACAACCUACAAGACUUGUCUACCAGUGGGUUGAUAUUACAGAUGAAUUUUCCCAAGCAUGUUCUGAGCUACAUCUUGGCGAAUUACUUAGAGAUUCUUCAUUUACCCUCUUUGAAGCAAUGUCAGCAAUUGAAAUGAUGGACCCCAAAAUGGAUGCUGGUAUGCUUUGUAAUCAAACCAAGAGAAAAGUGUUAAAUUUUGAGCAAUCUAUAAAGGCUAGUACUGUGUCAAUAAAAGAUCUCAAGUUUCCAAAAUUAAUUGGUAUCAUGGAUGCUACUUUGGCCUGUCUAGUUACAUGGUUAGAGGGACAUUCUCUUGCUCAGACAGUAUUUACUAACCUUUAUCUGCACAACCCCUACAUUAUUGAGGACAGAUAUUUGAAAGCAUUCUGUAUUUGUAUUCUGAAAACUGUUGAUAUAAUUCGCGACAGAGUCAACAGAGCUGGGGCAUUUGAAGAGGAAGAUUUUCAACUUGUUACAUAUGGAUUUAAAAUGGCUGCUGAAACUUCAGACGUUCGGGCAAUUGGUAUGAUGAAAGAAGUAGAAGAAGAGGUCAAUAGAAUCAUUAAGAACACCCGUAGUAAACCAGGCACUCAACGAGAUUCUGACACACAAACAGAGCAUUGUUUGUCCGUUGCUGUUUAUAAUAGACUUAAAUUUUACCGGAUGUUCUUGACUGUAUUGAUAUCAUUUAGCAAGGAAAAAUGUGAAGGUAUUUCUCAAGCCCAGCGUUUACUGACGCAGUUGAUAGAACUGGUACCACAGAUGAAAAAAGAACUGCCGCUUGGUAUUCAAGCAGAGGAAGGUGGAGUUACAAAGACUGACUAUCCAACUAUUAUGGGCUUUGAACCUCUUGUGAAUCAGCGACUGCUUCCACCUACAUUCCCAAGGUACACGAUGAUAAAAAGCCGUGAGGAAGCUCUUGAUUAUAUGGAGAACCAGUUACUUUGUCGUUUGCAGACUGUCACUCUCAUUACAGAGAUAACCUCAUUACAUAACAUGUUGGAAAUAUUUACUGAAUUCAGCAAAACCUGUCCAUGUGUUCUUUCUAGAUCUUUACUGCAGUUGCUGUUCUUGCCAUUCAACAAGAAACUGUUUGGUAUUUACUCAAUUGUUGACACUUUGAAAGAAAGCAUAAGGAACUUCAUCGCUCCUGUAGCGCUGUUUCCAAAAUCCUCACUGUAUAACAAUCCCCAGGCAAAGGAGUAUGUUGAUGCAUUUCUCACUAAAGCAGUGCGUCCAGUCUGUACAAUAUUCCAAAUAACUGGACACAACAGGGCUCGGCAACGAGAAAAGUGGACUCAUAUUUUAGAAGAACUUGCUGCACUUCAAGAAGAGGCUGAUAAAGUGGAUUCCUACUUACAUAGUCAACUUAUUAAAACUGAGCCCACAAAAGUACAUCUGGCAUGUUUCGGAACCUGGGUUCUCUACCACACACUCUAUGUGAUGAUCAACUACACUCUGGCUGGAUUGGAGUUAGAACUCUAUGCUACAUAUGAGUAUCAUUAUAUAUUCUGGUACCUUCAUGAAAUGCUCUAUGCUUGGAUGGUAUCUACCCUGGUCAGAGCUGAUAGUUUUUUGCUGGAACAUGAAGCACAAAAUGGUAAGUAUUAUUGUGUCCCAUUUCCUCAGGCUUUGAUGGGUUUUCAGUUGGAUGGUCGGAUGAAGAAAUCAAAAUUUGAAUUUGAUAAUGAAGAGAUCCGUUAUUCACAUCGAUUUGCACCAUUUGUACACUUCGUUACUCCCCCUAUGGUACACUAUUCACGUUACAAGGAAAUGAAUGAUUUAUCAAAGUAUAAUUAUGAACGAGCAUCUACUGAAAUGUAUGGGUUAGCUUGUAAACAAUUCCACCAGGCUAAGACCUUCUAUGAGAAUAUACCCAAUCCCAACGAGGAAGUUCAAAACCUAAUCAAAAUUGCAAAAACUAAUUAUGUUGUGAUGAAACUAUUGUUAAGUGGUCACAAAAAGGACUCCUCAGAUCCACCCGAAUUUGACUUCAGCCUCAGCAAAGUUUGUCCUGUAAUUAAAUUAAAUUAAUUUGGCACCUGUGUAUUAUUCUACCUUUUGGCAUACCAAUGUCAUUAGAAUGAGGAGCUGAUCUAAACCAAAACUUACAUUGGUUCGUUCAGGUGGAUUGAGUGUUUUGUUGUUACUGCUAUGUGCACAAAUGGUCUGAACAUUGGCUGAUGUUGAUCAGAGACAAAUAAAUACCUGCUUUGUUGCAAACAAUUCUUUGAUUGCAUCAGUUUUUAAAUCUUUUGUUAAAAAUUGAUAAUAAAAAUUUUAAAAAUA